AAACCGGUCCCAACAAAAAAAAUCUCUCCACGAUUCAAAAUACAGAGGAAAUACAACCUAUAUCAUGGAAAAUUCUGGGUGUUAUUGAUUGCACAUAGAUCUACUUGCUAACUGUUUGCAGAGAGACACCAAUACGCAGUGUCGAUCCGCCCACGUCAGGUGAUUUAAUGUUUCGCAAUGUCGAAAUAUAGCUGCAAAUCUCGUAAAUACAAUGCUGUCUGGAAAAAAAAAACAAGAGUAACUUAUCCAAAUUUUCUUGUUUGGGAUGAUUCGGAGUACGAGACUUGAUUAUUUCCCCUGGGGAUAGGCUUUUGGGUCUUCUUUUGAAAAAUGUCGGAUAUUUUCAGCUUCACAGCUUUCAGACAAAUAUCGCAAAUGCUGUAUGCGAUAUUCUUCUUUCACAGUUCUGAGUUUCUUCUAGCAGUUUACUUUCAUGGGAUUCAGAAAGUAACUCCGAAUUCCCUUUUACUCAGCAUAGACUAUGUUAUGGCAAUGAUCUUCUCCCUGGUCGAGUACUUGGUUGAAAUACAUUUCUUUCCAGAAAUGAAGGAACAGUGGGCAAUAAGCAACAUGGGUCUUGCCUUGGUAGUCGUUGGUGAAAUCAUACGAAAGUUGGCUAUAAUAACCGCUGGUAGGUCCUUCACUCAUCUAAUAAAGAAAUAUAUUGAUGAUGAUCAUGUAUUGAUCACUCAUGGGCUCUACAAGUACGUCCGGCAUCCAAGUUACUGUGGCUUCUUUCUCUGGUCCAUUGGUACUCAGAUAGUGCUUUGCAAUCCCCUAUGUACACUUGCAUUUGCGCUAAUGGUUUGGCAUUUUUUCCAUAUGAGGAUACCAUAUGAAGAGUUUUUCCUGAGGCAGUAUUUUGGUUCUCAGUAUGAGGCGUAUGCUAGACGAACGUCCUCCGGUAUCCCAUUUAUAAAGCACGGGACCGUCUUUUUUUGGUCGAGAUUCAUAAUAAGGUGCUCAUCAUAUCUGGGACCAAAGUCAUAUCUGAUGGCAUUUUGUAGUUUGUUUUGGCUUUGUCUUAGCCUGAAUCUUAACGUUUGUAUAACCAGUAAUAAACAUGAUCAAUCUAUCGUGUUGCAAUCUAAGUCAUCUACAUAUUCUGGUGCAAGAAAAUGUGUGAUGUUUUAUGAUUAAAUACGACUAUACGAGUGAAGAUAUAUUUGAAGUCUAUUUGAAGAUUUAUAUUUGGCAAUAUUUCAAUAGUGCUGUCAUUAUUCAUCUCCAUCUUGAUAAUAUAGUUGAUGAUAGUCAACA